GAAGUCUCGCCCUGGAGUCUGGCUCGUGCCAGCUUGACAGUGUAGUCGGAGCGGGACUCACACAGCUGACAGUUGGGAGAACUGGGUUAACGUUAGGUUAGUUAACUGAUCGCUUUCGGUUUUGAGUUCAGUUAUCGAUCGGCCUAUAUUUACUAGCUCAACACUCCGGGAGGGCAGAUUCUUUAUGAAUCCAACAAAAAGACUCUGCCGUGAACAUGGGGAAAUUAUCCGAAGCGACACUUUGCCUUUGUUUGUUGACUGUGUUGGAGACAACUAUUUUCUUGGGAACUUGUUCACCGGCUCAUGUUACAGGUUUUGACGAGGGUGCUUUCACCAUCCAGCACUCAAGCACAGAGAAGUGCCUGGGUACAGACUUGAGUCUCACCUCCUGUGACCCAAACAGCAGGUCCCAGCUGUGGAAGUGGGGUUCGGGUCACCGGCUCUUUCAUGUGGCCACGUCCCAGUGCUUGGCGUUGGACGUCCGCUCCAAGACAUUGUCCCUGGUUGACUGUGGCUCUAACAUCCUGCUGCACUGGCGUUGCCUGGAUGGGGCUGUUUACACCGUUUAUCAGAUGGGCCUGGCGGUCAGCGAUGGCAAAGUUUCCGCCAAACGGGACAGUAAUGAUACUUGGGUAAGAGGAGGAUCCCAGGACAACAUCUGCCAGAAGCCAUACCAUGUUGUCCACACCACUGGUGGGAACUCUGCUGGCAUUCCUUGUGAGUUCCCCUUCAAAUACAACGGCAGCUGGCAUCACGGAUGCCUCCCAGAUGCAGAUUUCCCUGGACUGUCCUGGUGUGCCACCUCAUCCGACUAUGACCAAGACAGAAAGAAGGGACACUGUCUAACACCUGAGGAGGGUUGCCAGACUCUGUUUGCUGGGCCAGAAGGGGAAUCCUGCUAUGAGUUUGUUUCCAGUGCCGCGGUGACCUGGCCGGAAGCUUUGGAUUCAUGUCGUAGUCAGGGAGCUGAUCUGCUGAGUGUGUCUGAACCCAACGAUCUCCACUCCAAAACCUUUUUGGACGGCCUUGACAGAAUGCCUGAGAGGAUGUGGAUUGGCCUUCACCAGUUAGACAUUUCUCAGGGCUGGCAGUGGUCAGAUGGCUCCGCGCUCUCCAUCCUGCGCUGGGAGACAGAAAUGCCGUCCACCUCCAUGAUUACUGCAUCAGACUGUGGAGUCCUGAACUCCAAACAGAACUAUGAAUCUGAGUCGUGCAACAAACGGCUGCCAUACAUCUGCAAGAAGAGUGUCAAUGCCUCUCACACAGCCACAACAGAGUCUUUUUUAUAUAAAGAAACAGUGUGUGAAGACGGUUGGGUCCCAUGGAAUGGCUGGUGUUACAAGUUAGUUAAGGACAAACCUAGCAACUUUGCAGAUGCCCAGCUGCACUGUAACAACACAGAAGGAGGAGUAGGAGGCUUUCUGGCCAGCCUCCACUCCAUUGACAGCAAAGAGAUGAUCAGCACUCAUUUCCAUGCAGAAGGCCAGUUUUUGGAUGUGUGGAUCGGUCUGAUGGGUUUCGGCAUGAACCCCACUGUCUUCAAGUGGAUCGACCAAGCACCUGUCACCUUCACCUACUGGGACCCAAACCAACCAGUCCAGCCCACUCAGGAUAACAGCUGUGUCCUAUACUCUGGAGAGCGUCUUGGUUGGCAGGUUGGAAACUGUACACAGAGGCUACCUUUUAUGUGUCAGAAGAAAGGAGGGGUCAGGGAAUCAGCAACACAGGACGGAUGUCGUUAUGAGGAUGGUUGGAGGAGACAUGGCAACUCCUGUUAUCAAGUGAACACCAAAGAAGUAUCCUUCAAAGAUCGCUGUAACAUCACUAUAAGAAACAGGUUUGAGCAGGCCUUUAUCAGCCGUCUACUUGGAGCACAGAUCAGCAAGGAACCUCAGUAUUUUUGGAUAGGGCUGCAGGACAUUAAGAACACAGGGGAGUACCAGUGGCUGAGCCAGGAUGGGUCCCCUGGUGUGGUUAAAUACACCAACUGGGGCUGGUUCGAGCCAGAACAGGAUGGAGGUUGUGCAGUGAUUUCCACCGCAAAACCCCUGGGCAAGUGGGAGGUGAAGAACUGUACCAUUUUUAAGGCCGGCACCAUUUGUAGAACAGACCUCAGUCCACCUCCACCCCCAGAACCAGAGCCGAAUCCCAACAUAACCUGUCCUGAUGGAUGGGUGUCCAGAUCAAAUAUCAAAUACUGCUACAAGGUGUUUCAUGGGGAAAGGCUGAGCAGGAAACGCUCCUGGGAGGAAGCUGAGAGGUUCUGUCAGGCUCUGGGAGCCAACCUGCCCAGUUUCACAAAUAUGGAUGAGAUGAGGGCCCUGCACAGCAUCAUGAGAGAAACCAUCAGUGAUAAUCGGCACUUCUGGGUUGGCCUGAACAGGAGAAACCCAGCCGAUCGCUCCUGGCAGUGGAGCGAUGGCCAGCCUGUAUCUAUGGAUGUUUUACACCAAGAUUUCCAUGAGGAUGAUGCAUACAGUCGGGACUGCGCUGCAUUCAAGACAACGAAGAGCACAUUGAAACACCUAUUUGUGUUUCUGCUCCACAACUUACCUCCCACACCUUUCUACGCCACACCAUUUCACUGUGACGUCAGGCUAGAGUGGGUCUGCCAAAUACCCCACGGAAAGACACCAAAGAUCCCAGAGUGGUACAAUCCCGGUGGGCACCAUGAGACGUCUGUCUUCGUAGAUGGAGCAGAGUUUUGGUUUGUUAAUGAGCCUAAGCUAACUUUUGAGGAGGCAAGUCUCUUUUGCAGUGCGAAUGGCAGCAAACUGGCCGCACCACUUAGCUCAACUGCUGCCUUAAAGAUUCACCAGUACCUAAAUGAUAUUUCAAGUUCUCCCAAGCAAAGCUGGUGGAUCAAUAUGAGAGAGCCUGGGCGGAUAUUCCCCAUGACGUACAUCCAGAUGUACUUUUAUCAUUCAGCUUUCCUGGGCAGAUGCACCUCCAUCAGUCCUGAAAUCUUCUUUCCAGCGGGCGUGGCUCAGUUGGAAAAAGAGCAUGAUCGCAGUUGCCGCCAGCGAUUGUCCUUUGUGUGUGAGAGACACAACAUCACGUCAGUGGAGAUAAACCCUCUGGAGCCUCGGCAUGGAGGACUGCCCUGUGGAAAUAGCUCUCUGUCCUUCAGAAAUAAGUGCUACACACUGAUGAAGAGCAUGAAGCCUAUGCCAUUUAAGUAUGCCAAUGAGAAAUGCCUGUCAGUGAGGGGAACCCUGGUCACUAUAUCAGAUCAGGUGGAGCAAGACUUCAUCACCACCCUUGUGCCGAGCAUGACAAACAUGGAAAUGAUAUGGAUUGGUCUGAAAAUCAUACGUGAUGACCCUGAGUGGGUGGACCAGUCCCCAGUUAACUACCUCAAUUUUAACCCCCUGCUUCUGGGCAUGCACAAGGCUAUAAAAGUCAAUACAUGGGAUCCAGAGAGUAUGGAUUUGUGUGUGUUUAUGAUCAAUAACCCCAACUCUGCCAUGCUGGGUACCUGGGACUAUUCUUCCUGCACACAACAUCAAAAUGUGGCUGUUUGCCAGCACUAUGCAGAUAAACUAGAGGAGCCCCACAUCCCCACAGAGCCCUUCAAUGUCAAAAACCACACCAUCCUACUGCUUGUCAAAAAUCUCACCUGGUUUGAGGCCUUAGAGCAGUGCAGAAGUAACAACAUGGACCUGGCAAGUGUGGCCGAUACCUUCCUGCAGUCCACCCUCACUGUGCACGUGAGCCGUGCAGACACUCCCAUGUGGAUUGGCCUCUUUAGCGAAGAUGAUGGGAUCCACUACCGCUGGACCGACCACAGUCACACUGUAUUCAGCCGCUGGUCUUCUGAUGUCACCAGUGGCUCGUGUGUCUACCUGGAUACCGAUGGCUUCUGGAAAGCCACAGAGUGUGAUGAGGAGCUAGGAGGCGCUAUCUGCCACAAACCACAAGAAAAGAUCAUCACCACACCAGAGGAUGUUGCAGGGAAGUGCCCCCAUAAGAUUAAUGGUCCGAACUGGAUCCCCUUCAAGAACAACUGCUACUCCUUCCAGCUAGUUGCCUCCAGAUGGGAGCAGUUUGACCAAGGACAGAUUCACGAUACCUGCAAAAAACUUCAUGCAAAUGCAGACAUCCUAACCAUCCGAAAUGCAGAGGAGAACGAGUUUGUUAAGCAGCAGCUCAUACCGUUUCAAAACUUGGUCCAGUUUGUGUGGCUGGGGCUGUUCAAAGAUGACAACGAUAACCAGAUGAAGUGGUAUGAUGGCACAAAUGUCCAAUAUUCCAACUGGGCAAAAGGCAGACCAGAUGUAGACAGUCCAUUCUUAGCUGGUCUCACCGUUGACAGCAAGUGGAUUCUCAUCGCAAACCCACUCCUAUUCUCAGAGUUCAAACAAAGGACCAUUGUGGCCUGCAAACUGGACAAUGAACCAAAACAGGAGUACAACCAGUCAUCCAGGGAUUUUCAACAUUAUGGCAACUUAACUUAUGAGGUUGUAACCCGAAAGUUGAGUUGGUACCAGGCUCUGGAAGAGUGUGGUCAGCGUGGAGGCCACCUGGCAAGUCUCCACGACAUCCAGCACAGUGCACAUGUGAAGCUCAUUGCCAAGACAGAUGGCUUCCCUCUCUGGAUUGGCCUAUCGAACCAGGAUGUUAUUGGCUCAGCCUAUGAGUGGUCCGAUGGAACAAGAUUUGACUACAAAGCCACCAUCUCUGACUCACAGGAGGGUUCCAGCUCAGCCAAACAAGAGGCCAGCUGUGUUUUUGUAACCCCUGCUGGAGCCUGGGUGAAGACCAGCUGCAAUAUGUUGGUAGACGGCGCCAUCUGCUACACCACCACCAUCACCACCACUUCCCAAAGAGCCAGACUGCAGGCUGCCCCAGAGGCCAAUCACUGCCCUCAGAGCAACGGUAUGUCCAAGUGGGUGCAGCAUCAGGAUAACUGUUAUGCCUUCGACAUGAGCUUCUACAACUACAGCGUGUACAGCAUGGAGAAGGCCAGGGGCGUCUGUCAGAGCAUGGAUGCUCAACUACUGACCAUAAAAACCACAGAGGAGAACGACUUUGUGUCAAAAUACAUGUCUGAUGACCCUCUCAUCACCAGUCGAGUAUGGCUCGACAUGGAGCUCGAUUCUCAAGGUAAGCCUGUAUCCUGGCAAGAUGGCUCGGAUCUGGCCUACUCUAACUGGAAGUCUGAGGCCUUAGUUACUGGGAAGAAGCCCGGGCCCCACUGUGCUGUCAUGAUGACAGGAGAUAAGGGAAUCUGGAAUCUUGUCAACUGCAAGGCUAGCUACAGUCGUGUUGUCUGUAAAACUGAAGCAAAGACUGCAAGCUCUCCUGUGGCACUGGUUCUCUUCAUCGUGGUCCUCCUCGCUCUCCUUUUAGCCAUCGGCUUUAUCAUCUAUAAGAAGAAAAGAGCCUACUUCUCCUCCACUGUCCGCUACAGGAGGACCUUUGAUGAAUCAGACAACACCAGUAUAAUAACAGAAUCUGACUGAGCUUGCUUAAGUAUUCAGCCUCAGGGAGUAUUGAUAUGCUUGCCUCUUGUGCAUUUUAGUACUUUUCAGCAAGAGCAGAUGCAGCCUUUUUUAAUUAUUUAUUUAUCCUGCUCAAGCCUGCAAACUUUCUAGAAUUAGGUGUAAAACUGUAAAUAUUGUUAGAGAAUUGUGAAUAUCUGCCAAUUCAGUUUCUUAAUGUGGGUUAUUUUAGAUUGCGUUUAUUAAAAGCCCUGUGUUAUGCCUAAUGUAGAUACUUGGGCAGAUGCUUUGUGGUAAAUGUUGAUCACUGACAUUAGUGGGAUGUUAGAGUUGUUUUUUUUUUUUUUUUAGAUUGUAUAAAGAUUUUGAGUUGAUUUACAAAAAUAUGCAACGUCACAAAACUCUCCCAUUCAGCCUUGUAACUGGUGUUAAAUUGCACUAAUGUAUGAGUGACUUCAAACUAUAUAACAAACAAAACGUGCAUUUCUUUUAUACUGUAUAUACCAUUACUCAAACUAUUCCAGUAGUAUUUUUCAACUUCAGAAGGUUUGAUUUCCACAUGAUUACAAUUAAUCAAUACAUUAAAAGACUUUUAAAAGGCCAGUUCACCUGAAAAUACAGUAAAACAUGUUUUUCUUUGACUUGGAGUUAAAUAUCUAGAUUUUUUUCUCCUUCAAAUACUCACAAUGCUGCCCAGACCUCACAGUGAAUAGUUAUAGAACUCGUUUUCUACUAAAGUAUGCCUCAUAACUGUCUGCAAGCAAAAGGAAGAAACUAAAGACUGGAUCUUAUGUAAACGUUUAAUUAUAUUCCUGUUGAGUUCUUUACAUAGAUUUUGGGGACUCUGACAUUGAGCUCCACUCUAUUGGCCUGAGCUACAGCUGAUAUUUCCAAACCUCAGCAAAUCACAUCAAAACUAUCUGGAUUGAGAGACUGCAUUUUGGUCAAGAAAAUACAUUUGUAUUUUUAGAUGGACUGUGCCUUUAAACAAGUAGAAGAAUUUGCCAUUGAUGAAUAUCUGACUGACUGUGCCUUUUAACAUCAUUACUUCACAAGAAAUUGGAGUUUUUAAGCGACUGGAUUGGGUUAUUAUCAAUGUACUUACUGAUUCAGUUGACUUAUUAAUACCUAAUAUGACUAAUUUGACUAAUACCUACCUAAUAUGUUGUAGUUGUCAAUAUAUAUAUGAUGAGAGAAAAAUCUUAAGUGUGGACACUGUCUUAGCCUCAAAAUUAAUCAGACACCAGUUUGUAGUAUUUGUCUGUUUAUGUAGAUCAGACUUUCCUAUGCACUUAACUACUGAGCUAGAACGCACUUUAAUAUGUUGUGGAGCUACAGCUCCUAUGUUUAAGCACAAAGAGGUUCGGAGAGUUUUUAAAGACGUUCAGAUUGCACUGCCGUUUGCUGUGAAUGCUUUGUAAAUAUGUGAUAUUUGUUUUAUAACUGAGAAUGAACCAAAGAUGCUCUGAGUCGUUUGAAUGUCAAAAGCUUGAGCUUUCCUUUCAGUCUGUGGAACUGCCUCAAUACGGCUUGUUAACCCAUUCAUAUCAAGUUCUAAACCAAAAGUUAGUGGGUUGUGUUUUUUUUUUUUUAAUUUUCCCACCACCCUCCUAAACAGAUCUAUCAGCUUAAAUCAGGUAUAGCAUCCUUCCAAUAAAAUUUCCUGUCUUAAAA